GGCCGCUGAUAUACAUCCACUCAUUCACAUGCGACCGUAGUUUUUACGCGAAAAGAGAGAGGGUUCCUCGCCGGUUAAACGCCACCAUUGUCGGCGUUUACCGGCGAGUUUGGUCACACGCUCCACUCGAUCGGAAAGAGGAGUGAUAGGGCUGUCGAACACUGUACAUCACGCGUCCUAUGCUUGCAUCCCGGCAUUUAGGCAUACGGAGAUACAUAGGUACACAUAAAACUGGUUGAUAAAAAUGUUAUGCUGAAUAUCAUUGAGUCUUUUAGUGGUGCUAAAAAAAAUCUAUGGAUCAGGUUUCACUUGUUGGGAAUUUGGGCAGUGGAGCUAUUUAGUGCUCAUAUACGAAUUUGUCUAGGAAGCUUCAAGGAAUUUUGGCAGUGGAACUUGAUGUGAUGAUGGAUUUGAAGUUGGGCCAGAGUGGAUUUAUUGAGCUGACAUCAAUUGUAGUUUCACUCCAAAUGAUACAUCUGUUUUUUGGCCAUUUGUGAUUGUAAAUGUUGUUGGAUUCAGAUUGCAUGGAUUGCUGCCACGUGUACAAAAAAUUUUAUAGCCCUAGGAUUGUUAAAUUUUGGCGGGAAAAUUGGAAUGAGAUUGACCAGAAAUUUUCAUUCUGUUUAUAUAUAUAUAUAUAGUAAGUAGAUAGUAGAUUGGAUCACCUAUAAGAAGAUCGUUGCUCCCUGUUAUAUACUCGUCCUGUCGCAUCAACGCAUAAACCUGCCGGCGACGGCAAGGCCGUUGCGGCCCCCCGCGCUCUGUCACCCACACCGUCAUCGCCGCCAUAUCUAUGAGAAAGUUCCCCUUCCCGACUCCUCCCGGCCGAUCUCUUCAUUUUUUCCCCAAUGUUUCAUCUCCUGGACCUUCCCCUCAGAUCUCGCCGUCCCCGGUGCCGGCGUACGAAGGUGCAGUAACCGCCCGUCCGAUUUACUUUUUCCCUUUCCUGCACAUCGUCAAGGGUGGCUUCGAUUUCGCCGCCGUCUCCUUGAUCGCAUGUGUUCUGUUCUUGUCUUUCCUCUCCUUGUUCUUCAUCAUCCAUCUCCGGCUCAAAUCACGGCGGCUCCCCCACCUGCAGAACUUCAGCUCUCUCUGGACCGUCCGAUUGCUUCUCGUCUUCUUCGCCAUUUCAUGGGCCUUCAACGAAGUCUUCCGCCAAUUAUUCAUUUUCCCCAUUUUGACCCCUCUAACCCUAGCCCAACAAACCAGCCUCUGCAAGGCCCAUGUGGUUCUCUCUCUGGGCCUGUUCGAACCGGGUUUCUUAGUAACCCUAUUGUUCCUGGUCAAUUUCUCAAUCAAGAACAGAAACCCGACCCGAAUGUGGGCAUUGGUUGCGGUAUCCGCGGUUUGUGCGCCGAUUCUGUUGCUCCAGACGAUCGUCGUCUUCUUCUCGCCGGCGUGGCUGCCGAGAUUCUUCUUGCGGGGGAGCUCCGUCAUCUCGACGGACGCGAUCGGGAACAAGGUCGUCCUCUGCACCUACCCGACGUUCAGUUUCAUCAUCUUCUCCGCCUUCGCCACCGCCUACUCCCUCACAUUCCUGCUCUCGUGCUGGAAAGUGGUGGCGUUCGUGAUCAACAAGACGAUCGGCGGGCGGAUCAACAUGCUCGCCGUGUCGGUGAUGGUAGCGCUGCCUAUGCAAGUGCUCUGCCUCAGCGUGACGCCGGUGUCGCUGCCAGGUUACCUGCUUCACGACUGCGCCGUCUUCGCCAUGUUGGCGGCUGUCUCGUGGUGCGUGGCGGUGGGGGAGGUCAUUUUGGUAAUCAAGCCGAUCGCCGAUGCGCUCGCCGCCGGCGGAGAUUAUUGCAGGCACAUAAGUCCCGAUUCGAGUGUUGACAAUCGGCGGUGGGAUGGAUUAUAGAGAAAAUACUGGACGUGGAUGGAUAAGUUUGGUACAUAUUCAAUUUGUACAUGGGUUUUUCUCCAAUGCCCCGCAAAUGAGAGGGCAUGAAUCUGUAGACAUAUGACCAUGUCAUCUAAUAAUACCUUCCACGUCAUUUUAAUUAUCAAAAAUCGCAUAUUGACCUUGUCUCUUUAAUUUACUCCGUAUUAAAAUUGUUAACUAGAU